UGUAUAAUAAGAAAGAGCCUGGAGAGUUAAACAGUUAAAGAGUUAAAAAGACAAGCGUCUGCGUGCUCUUCCUCUGUCUGUCUUGCUUGUGCACGCUUGUGUAUGCGUGUGCGUGCGCGUGCGUGUGUUUAUUUAUUGCGUUAUUUAUUGCGGGAUGAUGGAGACAGUGCUGGACUCCUUCUCGUGCCUGGACUCCUUCUCCUCGCCGUACUUCGACGACGAUGAUUUCUUCGCGUGCAGCAGAAGCGACGACUUCUUAGACGAUGAUGUGGAUUUCUUCGCCUCUCAGCUGCAGGACUGCUGCGACGCAGCCGGCUUCUCCUUCUCCUCCACUUCUUCUUCAUCGUCCUCAUCCUCCUCUUCCUCUUCAUCCUCGUCCUCCUCUCUGAAGCGCAGGAGGCGCGCGCGCUCCGAGAUUGAGGCGCAGCAGCUCCGGCAGGCCGCCAACGUGCGCGAGCGGCGGCGCAUGCAGUCCAUCAACGACGCGUUCGAGGGUCUGCGCUCGCACAUCCCCACCCUGCCCUACGAGAAGCGCCUGUCCAAAGUGGACACCCUGCGUCUCGCGAUCGGGUACAUCAACUUCCUCGCCGAGCUCGUGCAGUCCGACGCGCCGAUCCGCAGCUCGAGCAGCGAGGCGCUCAACCCGCCCAAGAAAAUCAUCAUCUGCCACAGAGUCACCCGACCACCGUCGCCCAACGAUCCCGACUACGGUCUUCCUCCUUUGGCUGGUCACUCUCUGUCCUGGACUGAUGAAAAACAGCUUAAAGACCAGAACAUCAUUCGGACAGCAAAAGUAUGGACCCCCGAAGACCCCCGCAGACUCCACCUCAAAUCUUCCCUCAACAACAUCGAGAACAUCGAGCCUCCCUUCAGCUUCAUCUCCUAAAAAGCACUGCUGUGAUCUUCAUCAUCAUCUUCAUCCUGACUGUCAUUCCAUGACGAAAACAAAAUAAUAAGAUUGAUAAUGUUGAUGAUACAGCUCUAUACAUACACACGUGUGUGUGUGUGCGUGUACCUGUGUGUGGGAAAUCCCACGCGCUUAAUGUGAUGUUACUAUGUAAAUAUUUAUUACUGUCAUUUAUGGAAUGAGUGUAGAGCCUCUGGCAAUCACGUGUAGUAUUUAAUUUUUGGAAUGAUGUCAUAAUAUAUAUUUUUUCUAAUUUAAUGCUGAUUUUUAAAAAUGUGAAUCUGAGAAACUCUAUUUUUUAUAAAAAUGGAAAACGUACCGUGCAUCGAAUGGUUUAUAUUUAUACUGAUGAUUCAAUAAAUUUUCAUAUUGAUU